AUGGUCUGCGUGCCGUGCCUCAUCGUUCCCUUUUUCUUGUGGAUUUUCCACAAAUUCUUCCUGCCCUACUUACUUAUUUUCUUUCCAAACCUGCGCCAACGUCUCGGAUAUGAAGAAGUUGAACAAGUCGGUGGCGUAAGUUGUGCCCGUAUCAAUCCUUUUGAAUUUGCUCCGACUUGGCAGAGCCUAUCUGACUUUUGUGCUUGCCUGACGUUCUACUCCGGCCUAUUUUAUUGUCUUCGCAAACCUAUCAUGGUUGCACAUUUUAGUCUCGAGGGGGGCCGUUUUCCAGUAGUUUGGUCGGUCGCGGGUAAUCUUCUCAUUGUUGUUCGGACCAACACGGGGGACGCGUUGUUCGAACUGCGCAUCCCACAACAGAUGACGCACGAGGAGUGUGGUUGAACGCCCAGGGGAAGGUUCACGCAUCCCCAGCCACUUGCACCCAAUCCCCCGCACACUACGUAGCUGGCCGGUUCGGGCAGUGGACUGGUGCCUGGGGACGGAAGGAGAGCGUAAUGUCGACUGGGGACUCCAUCCCCACGAAAUCCAACGCAGAUUCUUCACCAUAAACAAUCAGACGCACUUUAAAACUAUCAUAGUGCACUAAAAGCCGUGUCUUGGAAGGCUACCCACCGACGGGAUAACACGACCCUACUCUCAGAACGGAGAGUCAGAGUGCGAUGGCUCCUUAAUGUGGCCUCUAUAAUACUCCCACUAGGAUGGUAUCCGAGCCACGUCUUUCUUUUUUGUGUGGGAACCCGAUCCUUUGUGCGCAGACCAGGUCGUUUGUGACACGUGUAGAUGGAAUGUUCAGCUUCGCCAGCCGUCGAGGCCGAUCUCACUCCCGUUCUUGAUCCUGUCUUGAUAACAGACCCAGGUGUGUAGGGGAGGAGAGGAUGGUAGAUGCAACGCAAGUCGCCGUCCCUGCGCCCACCAUGCUGUGGGACACACGAAGGACAUGAUCGUUCGCGGUGGUUGAACUAUCUGUCGACACUUACCCCUGAGUAUACGUCUAAUUCUUCGGCAGCCUGGAACCCUAGACAUGCCUGUUCGCACUGUAAGACUUAAGCACCAAAUCGGGCAUGCAAAAGGAAAGAAGCGACGUCAAGUAACGCGCCCUUUGGAAUGGUGAAACUAUCGUCUUUUUUGGGUUGCUUUUCUGAUCCCCUGAGGGUUCUCCAAACUGCUGCCGCGUGCUGUCAACAAUUAGCGGCUACGCCUCACAGCCGGGGAGAAUGGCUCUGGCUAUGACAGCUUCCCCAGUGCUGACUUAUGCGUGAACUGCAUCAUGAGCAGGGAAAUUUUGCAUAAUCUACCGACACACCAGAUAAGCGUCGUCACAAACAACUGCGCUCAUCGCGCGCCCCAUAGCGUAAGUGCAGCAUCGGUACUUGCGCAGCGUCUGCCGCACUCGCUCUUCUGUCGCCCCUCCUGCUCCGCCAACAAAAAGCGCCCGCACGACGGAUGUGGGCGCUGGUGCAGUGGCUGACAGCUAAGCAGCUCAUAUACGCGCGCCACACACAACCGGUUUCCCACUACAUGUGUCGCGUUACAUAACGACCACAUGGGAAAAGGUCAUCUACCGAAUGUCCUCUGUCACCCACUGUGUUCCAGGGACGAGGCCAUGGCUGAAGGUGAGCGUGGGUGCAGUGGUCGAUCUGGUCAAAGACCCCCCUUCUACGCGCGCCACACGCCCUCUGGCCUUGCUCAUGGCUGCUCAUCCGAUGACACCGCCCUGGACGGGAGCUGAUAGUAUUUGCCCUCUCGGAACAUGUGUGAUGAGGUCGUUCCGCCAUCUGGCAGAAGCUGGAUUAUGGAUAUUAAGACACACGGUCCGUCUCACCGUCCCUGCCGUAUUCUUGGAGCACCACCGAGUUGUUUCGGGUGGUGAUUGGUUCAAGUACGGUUGCUGACCAGGCAUUUCGCGCCUGUUCAUCACGCGUGCCACACAUUUCCUUGUUCCUCUCCCCAAAAACCUGAAAGAUGCUCCAUCCACAACCUUCUUAGGGCAACAUGAAGGCUGAGGUCGACCAAUUACUCGACACAUCGUUGUUUGUCUUUGUAGGAUACGCCAGUAGAAGAUUCCACCGCCCCGCCGGAGAAGGCACCUGAUCAAGACCAGACGGUAAGUCCUUGAAACUGUAGUCUAACUUGGAAUUUUUAGAGCCAAGCAAAGAAAGUCCAAUGA